CCUGAUAGGGCUGUGCCAUAUCUGACCAAUCAACGCGAGCUAUUUUUUACCAAUGCUCUUCCUCUCCUUGACCCGGGUCUACAACGGAAAAAAUGGCUGAAGUCUAUUUUGGAGACGCGGAGUUGUUUGAACAACUGGAUGACUUCACCCCGGCCCCCACACAUAUUCGUUUCCCGGAAGAGAACGACGCCGACACGGUAGAAGAUGAAAAGACGCAGGGGCUCCGGAGUCUCCUGAACGAGCGCGACGACUCCAUUGAAAAGUUAACGGAGGAGAAUAAAUCGUUGAGGCGAAAGCUGAGGAUCCUCAUGCGGCCCAGGGGAAUCACAAUAGACGAUGUCGACGUCGAUGGCCCCAUCGCGCAGAUUAUUUAUUCCAACAAUGCCCUAUCCAAGCAGUGUCGUCAAGAAAUCGAGGAUAGCGUCUGUGGCGUCAUACUGAAACACCAUCAAGAGGAAAAUCGCAAUCGACGCUCAGCAUCAUCACACCUGAAGCCUCAGCCAUCGUCAUUUGCCUUGGACGAAGACCCACAAAAGGUGACUUCCACCAGCGCGAGAACAACAUCCGAAGCUUUUAAUGUGGUGGGCAGCGUGUUGUACUUUGACAGCUUCAGUGUGGACAAAUUGGGACAGCCGCUGUUUAACGACAACCCUCAGCAAACCGACGGAUGGGAAGUUCCAACCUACCCGCAGGUCUUCAGCCAGGUUAUUGGCACAGAUGGACAAGAAAUAGACGUGAAAGAAAAGAGGUCGAAGUCUAUGUGCUUUAACUGCGGCUCGAGUGUGCAUCAAAUGAGAGACUGCCCCAGGCCCAAAGACAUGGCAGCCAUCAACGAGAGAAGAAAAGAGUUCAACCAGAGCCAGGCCGGUCUCAGUAACCAGCGCUACCACGCAGACGAGGUGGAGGAGCGCUUCUCCAAAUACAAGCCGGGCGUCUUGAGCGAGGAGCUUUUGUCCGCGCUGGGAUUGGACGGCAACACCUUGCCGCCGCUCAUCUAUCGCAUGAGGCAACUGGGCUACCCGCCAGGUUGGCUCAAGGAAGCCGAAAUGGAGAACUCGGGUUUGACGCUCUAUGAUGGAAAGGUGUCAAAUGACACCUGUAUGACCAGCACACAAAACAUCACUUAUGAUGUUUCCAAACUGGUGGAUUUCCCUGGAUUCAAUGUGCCCGCACCACAUAAAGUCAAAGACGAAUUCAUGCGCUACAGUUCAGUUCCCAUGCAGAACAACCACUUGAAGCACAACUACGCCACUUACCUGUCCACCCACUUUGCUUCGCCAGACGGCCCGAGCAGGAAGAGGCCCCAUGAGUCGGACUUGUCCCAACAACGCGGGAAGCGGCCCCGGUCCAGCCAUGAUAACAAUUCUGACAUGGAUAUUGAAUCAGAUCCCGGAACCCCUUACCACACGCCCCGACACAGCAACUUGGGCUCCCCUUGCUUCAGCUCGCCACCGCCUCUUCCUCACGGCACACCGCCUGACACCCCGACGCCGCCGCCCUUGCCCAAAAGCACGCCGCCCCCAACGCCAACCAACGGCUCCCCAGCGGCGCAGGGGCCCCACUGGGUGGUGGUGGACCAGGCCACGGAGGGGACGGAGGAUGAGCUCACCCUGGAGGAGCUGGAGGAACAGCAGAGGCUGAUCUGGGCGGCGCUCCAAAAUGCAGAAACGGCCACCAGUAGUGACCCAGAGACGCCGGCGAUCGGAACCCCUGCGAUGGGGUCUCCCAGCACGUCUACCCCAGUAAGAGGCAACUCGGAAAUGGAAAAACUAGUAGAAGUGGGUGACUCUCAGGAUGAGAUUCAAAUAUUGCCUGGAGAAAUUUGUCCUCAGAAAGGUAGCACACCUAGCGUGGCCGAAAUCCAAGAUGGCAGUACCCCAAGUCCUGCUGUGAUCAAAUUCUCAGACGAUAACAUCCCUCUUGGCCAAUCUGUGAACAACAGCGCACAAAGUCCUUCUGCACUUAAAUCCCAACAAGACCGUCCUCAAAAAUCUCCAAAUGAAAGUCCUGAAACUCUUUCUCCACUUAAAUUACAAGAGGUUAGCCCCCACAGUCCCUGGAAAUCCCAUAAGGACAGUCCCCAAAGUCCUGUUCCCAGAAAAUCCCAAGAGGACAGUCCCCAAAGUCCUGGUCCCAGCAAAUCCCGAAAAGACAGUCCCCAAAGUCCUGUUCCCAGCAAAUCCCAAAAUGACAGUCCCCAAAGUCCUGGUCCAAGCAAAUCCUUAGAAGACAGUCCCCAGAGCACCGAUCCAGAUUCCCAAGAUGCAAACAGGCCCCCCAAGACCCUGACUCCCGAGGUGUCAGCCGUUCCCCACCGGAGCCGCUUCGCCGAGGGAAUCGUGCCUUUCGAGGAGACCCCCGAAUUCACAGAGGUGGCUGAAGCCACGGGGACGUACCUCCGCAUCAGAGACUUGCUCAAGAGUUCGCCUCGCAAUUUAGCCAAGAAAAAAACAGACUGAAAAAAGAGAAGACUCUUCUUGCUUGGAUCAUGUUUUUACUUGCGGGUUUUUUUUGUACAGCAUCUCCAAGGCACAAAGGGAAAUGCUGCAAAAUAUUUUUAAUGGUUUUUAUUUCAUCAUUAGUUUUAUUUGUAAAAAUGUUAAUUUGUGACAAAGUGGAUUGUGUCUUUUUUGGUAGCCCUAUGCAACAGUUUGAAGUAAACAUGUCAAACUUGCUGCACUGUCUAUUCAAGCUAGAGUGUAUUUAUUUUUGUAUUAUUUUUCUAAAAUGUUCAUCCAUUAAAUUACAGGGCAGAUA